UCCUCCUCCGCCCUCCUGGGAGCCUGGCUUGGCCUGACCGGGGGUCGGCAGGGGCGGGGGCGCAGCAGAAGCUCCCGCUCCCGGCUAUAAACCGGCUGGGCCGGCCCCCUCCUGCCCGGCGGGCCACCAUGGGCUUCCUCCAGCGCUGCGUGGGCCGGAGCCGCUGCCUGUUGCUGCUGGAAGGGCAGCGGAGUCUGGGCAGCCUCCCGUCUUCCGAUCGCGGGCAGCAGUACAGCACGGGCGUGGCUGGGCUGCAGGAGCGCACGCUGAUAGCUGUGAAGCCAGACGGGGUGCAGAGGAGGCUGGUGGGGGAUGUGAUCAAGCGCUUUGAAAAACGUGGCUUCAAGCUCGUGGGUCUCAAGUUGCUCCAGGCCAACGAAGGCAUCCUAACAGAACAUUACCACGAGCUGCGCAGGAAGCCGUUCUAUCAAGAGGUGAUUCAGUACAUGACUUCGGGGCCUGUGGUUGCCAUGGUCUGGGAAGGUUACAACGUUGUCAAAACCUCCCGGGCAAUGGUAGGGGAGACAAAUCCCACAGAAGCCAAGCCCGGCACUAUCCGGGGAGACUUUAGCAUCCACGUCAGCAGGAACGUGGUCCAUGCCAGCGACUCCGUGGAGACGGCCCAGAGGGAGAUCAGCCUGUGGUUCCGCAGCAACGAGCUGAUAGACUGGGAUUGUUGCAAUCACAAAAUCAUGUAUGAACAUUGAGGGCCUGGCCUGGCCCAGCCCACACGCUGACACGGGAUCUACUACCUCUGCCCAUGGGCUGCCUUUCUGAAGUGAGCCGUGUUCUGGCCUGUGCAUCAUAGGCUGGACAGGAGGGUUGUGUGUGUGUGUGUGAUGUUGCACUUCAACCACUUUGGCUCUGCCAUUGAGCGGAAAGAUUUACAUCUGUGGCAGAAAAGCCACGGAAUACGGGUCUUAACAGAACUCACAUUAAAAAAGAAAACUCGUUUGUACAAACCUGA